AACUGAACAUAGGAAAGGGCAAAGCUGACAAGCAAAGAGAACAGAUACGACCCUUUGGAUCCGCUCACUAUCUUCAACAAGUUGAAGGAAAGAAUUCGGGGGAACAGUCAAGAAAACUGACGGUUAAAGAAGCUCUCUUCAAGGUAAGAAGAAACACUGCUUCGACAAUGUCUGGAUUUGACGCCCAGGAACAGUCUCCUCCACGUUGUGGCCCUCAGUUCCCGAGCCUUGGCCAGGAGCCCCCUGAACUCAGCAUGUACAGUGACUGCUUCUACCCUCCGCCAUCCUUGCCAAGUCCUCAGCGCACCACGCCGACCUCCUAUGAGCUGGGUGACUUCAGCACCACGUCCCCAAACCCUUACCUUUGGUUCAACAGCUCUGGGCUCAACACACCAUCAUACCUGACUGCCAACGGUCCACCCGGGAACCCGGGACCUCCCUUUGUCCCGCAGCACUACGGCAUGCAGAGGCCUUAUCUGGGCUCGGCCGGAACAGGUGGCCCAGGAGGGGAGUUGAGCUGGUUUUCCCUGCCCUCACAAGAGGACUUGAUGAAGCUAGUGAGGCCUCCUUAUUCUUACUCGGCUCUCAUCGCCAUGGCUAUCCACGGAGCACCUGACCGGCGGUUGACCCUGAGUCAGAUAUAUCAGUAUGUGGCAGACAACUUCCCUUUCUACAACAAGAGUAAAGCAGGAUGGCAAAACUCCAUCAGACACAACCUAUCACUAAAUGACUGCUUCAAAAAAGUACCAAGAGAUGAGGACGAUCCAGGCAAGGGCAACUACUGGACACUUGAUCCAAACUGUGAAAAGAUGUUCGACAAUGGAAACUUCCGCCGCAAAAGGAAGAGGAAGUCUGACUCCCUCUCUGGGGUCGAUGGGAGUUCAGAAGCCCCCGAGUCAGGUGAAAGUGAAAGGGGCAGCCCCAAACACUCGGCUAACUCUUCCCUGAGCAUCUCCCAGACGCCGGACAGAAUUCCCUCACCAUCAUCAUCCAGUACUACACCUUGUCUGAGCAGCUUCCUUUCUGAGAUGUCUGGAGUGUCCAGUGGACCAGCCGGUGAUGUGGGAGGUGAUGCAUUGAGCAGACCCAUGCAGGUCAACCUCCCUCUCGAUGGGCCACACAGGCUUCCACAGGCUGCAAAUUAUAAUAGCUACUCCCCAAAUUCUGCUGGCCGAGAGUGGCUUCCUCCGGUGCAAACGACACCUAUGCUCUCCUCUUCACCCACCCACUCUUCACUCGGGUACACUAGCCCCAUCCUCAGCCACUACAGUGCGUCCAGUGGACACUUCUAUCCCCCGCCGGGCUCAACAGGAAUCAUCUAUCAACGUGAGGGCACCGAGGUUUAAAUUAAGACUAAUUGAACUGAUUGUAAACCAGACCAGAUUUUUCGCAGAAUUUAGUUUUCUUUUGCAGUAGAAAUUAGUUGUCACUUUGAGAGGCAAACACAAACGUGUGCACACACGCACCCACACACAUACACAUACACACACACAUACACACACACACACACACACACACACACAACCUACGCAUGUUUGCGCUGACAGAAACAGUUGAGGUCACAAAAGCGUGUGACAACAGAAUGAAACACCUUAGAUUCCCACAGAAACAUCUGAGUCAGCAGCAAAGAGCUGAAACUGUCUGAAACUAUCAAAUGAAGAGUCAGCUAUUAUCGCGACCAAAGCUGGUCCCUCUCAGAGCCGACUCAUUUUUCACUGAUCUGAGAUCAGAUCUGCUGACAUCCGUCUGUUCCGCUUACUGUCUGUGAUUCCUUGAUGGUAUCACACAAACACAACGUACAGACAGCAGUUUAGAUGAGCGGUUAAAUUACACCUUUGUCUACAUAUUAUAUUCAUGAGAACCAUUUUUGUUUUGCUGUCCCCUAAAUCUGAUGUGGUGAUUUUCCAGCGUCUUGAAAAUAGUCUGUGUAAAUACGUAUGUGUCUUUUAAUCUUAAUCCUUUUCAUAACUCGGUUAUUUUUACACCUGUUAAUGUAUUCUUAAUGUCAGGUAAAUGCUAUGUUGUCUUUUUGAUAUGAAUAAAAUACUUUUGACAUGC